AGAUGUUAGAUAUAGCUUUUUAUCGUGAAGAAGAACUAGAAAACCAGUCACUACCGAAUGCAACAGAUUUCAUUUCACAGAUUUAUUGCGUAAAGUCUUGAUGUCAACGAUUGGGAGAGAUUGGAAGAAAGCAAGUCCUUGCUGAAGACAGCACUUUAUAUUUUACCGCAUUUAUACAGAAGACGAAGUUUUUUAUAGUAGACGAAGCAAAUAAAACGUAUUACGCCGUUACUUGUGAUCUUGAUAAUUUUUCCAAAUUAUUUUCGCGCAAACAGAAUAGAUUUAAGUUUUAAGUAAUAAAGUCAAACUUGUCACAAAAACGGAUUUAUAUGACCCAUUACUAAGCGUAUUUCCUAUGGAGAGAUCAGGUCUAGGGGAUGAUGUAAGUUGGGACCUUAAAUGACGUCUGCAGUAAAGAAGCCUCCGCGAUAAAGUCUUCUGCUACGUGGUAAGAGCUUAACCGCAAUUUCAUUAGUUCCUGAGCAGAAAGGUGUCCGCUGUAAGAAGGUGUCACUGUUUAUGAGUUACAUGACAUUUCAUUGCAGUCCGAUACAGUUUCUUGCGUUCUCGUGUGUCGAAUUAAUUUAAUUAGGACGAUCAGUGAAUUGGUUUGGUGCUUCAAAUAAGUUGAAUACUUUUCCUAUCUUAUUAAAAUACAUAACGUAAGAGGCAAAGGAGGGAUGGAAGAGACUAUUGUUUAGUACUCUGGAUGUUGUGAACGGACAAUAUGCGCCAGAUUAUGUAUUGUUGACUUAGUCUUCAGCAUUGAGAGAUCUCAAAAAAGUACGUCUCUAGCACCGAGUCUUAAGUAGGUGGGGGCACUAUAUACUGAUUUAAAUUAGAAAAUUUGUCGUCUUAACCACUGAAGAAAAUAAUGCAAUGGUGUUUUUCUGUCUGUCCACAAGAAAAGUGUCGUGCAACGGGCACACGAAAUAGCGUGUAAUUUUAAGACGGACGCCCCGUGUAUUUUUUACGGGUUAACAACUAGUAAUUUAUAAUUAUUGCCCUCCAAUAUACUAACAAACAUUUUGCUAAGUGUUUUGGCAAUAUAACCUCUUCUUUGUCACUUUUAAACACCGCCUAACUCUAUACAGUGCUCCUAAAUUCCAAGCCUGAAUGGAGUUAACGUAAAGUUUCAACUAUCUUCAGUAUACAUAAAUAUUUUGAUAUUUUUUAUACAUAUAUUGUAAGCAAAGAAUAUACUGUUUUCUGAAAGAAAAAAUAAUUUGUUUUGGUUGAAAAUUAAAAAAAAAACACUUUCUAACCAUUAUAAGGAUAGAAGAUGUUAAAUUACAGUAACCUUGUUUUUACUGAAAGUAAAAUGAAAAAAGUGCAAACAGUAAUUAUAAACAUAAAGUAAUAUGUAAAAUACAAACAUUAUUGUUAAUUAAAAACUAAGAAAUAAUAAUGAAACAAAAUAUAUAAUCACACAUAAUCAUAAUAAAAAAAAAAGGCGAGAGAAAAUGUUAUGUGAAGUUAAUUAUAAAUAUUUCUCACUAAUAUUCUUUUUUUUUUCUUUUUUUUUUUGCCUAAACAAAAUAUUCAAUCACGCUUUAAAAAAAUAGAGAAGAAGAAAUCAUCAAAAACAUCGAAAAAUUCCAGAUAAAGUUGAAGGAUGUCAGCCAUAACUUGUUUUCCUGGCACAUGGGCGCCAUACGAGCUUUCUAUCACCACAUCAAUUAUUUCAGUUACACUAGCAGUAACAGCUUGUAGUGGAAACUUGUUAGUCAUAAUUUCUGUUAUCAAAGAUCCAAAACUACAAACACCUUUCAAUUAUUUUCUCACGAAUUUAGCUGUAAGUGAUUUUCUUUUUGGUGCCAUUGCGUUACCGAUAUCAACUUACGUACAUUAUAAAGAGUCCCGGAGAGAGCUGAGUAUUCCGCUAAUGCAAGCUGUUCAUAUGUCCUAUUUCAUUGCUGCUACAGCAAGCCUGCUAAGUUUGAUUGCAUUAUCAAUUGAUAGAUUCAUAGCUAUUGUAUACGCUGCAAGGUAUAAGUGCAUUGUAUCUCCAAAGCGAAGUCACUUUGCAUCUUUUAUGAUUUGGUUGGUGUCAUUGACCGUACCAUUUGUGUACUUUAAGUUAGGAAUGAUCAAUUAUCUCAUGUUUUUUGCCAAUACUGUUUUGGUUAUUGGUCUUUUCUUACUGAUUGUUAUAUACGCAAGAGUCUAUAAUUUUCUUCAACGUCAAUCGAAAGAAAUGCGGCAGCAUUUAAAUCUGUCAAGAGCUGUUGAUUUGGAUAAACUUGCUCUGAAGAAAGUUCUUCUAGAGAAGAAAAUUGCCGGAGUUUUUAUCACAAUUCUAUUGGUGUACAUACUAACCUACCUACCUGCCAUUGUGAUGGUAUAUACACUGCAUUAUUGCACACAAUGUAAUUGUAUAUUGCGUCACGUUUUCCGAGAUGGUCAGUUCUGGUUGAUUUCAUUGCAUUGCGCUGUCAAUCCGUUUAUAUGCACUAUUCGAUUAAAACAUUUUAAAAGAGCAAUAGUUAGGCUGUUUGGUUGCCUGUCAAGAAAUAAAGUCGCUACUAACGAAUUUAUAAACACACAAACAAGUAUUGAUAUGCAAGCCCUUUAAAGCUAUAACUUCUGCUUAAAGUUUAUAAGCAGUCUAAAAUACUCGCGAAGAACUUUACCAAAAGCUUUAAAGAGAAUUACGAAAGCUGAAAAUAUUGCCAUAAUUUUCAGGAAUAUAUAAAAACUGAUUUGAUUAAAAGCACAAACAUUUGAAGAAAACUGAGGUAUUAUUUGUUUAAUAAUAGGAAGACAUUGUGCGUGUUUUAUUGUCGGAUUUUUGUUGGCGGAAGAAGAAGAAGAAAGUUUUGAUGCACUGGACUUCUUACGGAUCUUAAUGUUUGAUUUGUUUUUCUUUAUUGUUAAUAUAUACAUAGUUUUUCGAUUAACUAUUAAUUUGUGUGCCUGGAACAGUAUUUAUUUUAAAUAUAUAACAGCCUUCACUAAAAUGUAAAAAGCAGCAUGGUCAACAAAGAUUUUUUAGUGAAAUAUUUUUUGGUGAAGGAGGCCUAUACUUAAUGGUGUGUUAUAUCUAAGUACUAUUGAUAUUAAUGUUAUCGACGUUUAAAAAUUAUAAUUUGAGCAUCUGUUGUUUUUAUUUGUUAGCGAUUAACCAUGCACGAUUCUUGUACUUUUAUUCACUGUGUCAGAAAAUUACAUUAAUGUGUCUUUAAUGAGCCAAACCACAUCUUUCAAAUCCAGCAAUCACUGCGACCUUAGAGGUCUUUUUUAAUGACUAAAAAUAACCAAAUUUGGUAAGUAUCUGUCUGCAAAAGCAAAAACGUCUUUAAGCUUUUCAAACAGGGUAUUCUAGAUUAACUAUAAACAUACUGUGAGCUAUUCCUCUUAAAUAUGCUUUUAAAAUUUAUACAAGACCCGCCUAAGCUACCUAGCUCCUGUCAUACAAUAUAUGUCAACAAUAUUUAUUUGCUGCCCAGCAUCUUUUGAACUCACUUCACAUACAUUUCAAGGUUUUGUCUUUUUUAAAACUUUUGGUGAAUUUCCAACAAACAUGGCCUCGCAGCAAACGAUACUUCGCAAGUCAAUGCAAAUAAAAAAAUUCAGGAAAAGUGAAUCUAUGGGAAUAAUAACUGUGCAAAGAACUUUACGCGGAAAAGUAUCAGAGGCGGUUUAGUGUUAUAAAGGCACUACGUGCAUUAUUUUUUUAGCUUUCUAAAUCAUAUCCAUCAAUAUGUUGUUCAUGUUCGUUCUCUCUUCGUAAAAAAAAAACAACGUGGUUGACUUUUUUCUUUCCUUUUGAAACUGAAUACAAUAUAUUAUUUUACAAAAAUCAA